AUGGUGCGCGACCGCGAGGAUGUGGUCGGUAUCGACGCAUCAAUCCUGAUGCACCCGGACGUUUGGGUAGCCAGCGGCCACGUUGACAGCUUUACUGAUCCUUUGGCCGAGUGCAAAGAGUGCCACAGGAGGCAUCGCUCCGAUCUGCUGGAAACCGACGCGUGUCCUGAUUGCGGCGGCGAGUUGAGCGAUCCUCGUCACUUCAACCUCAUGUUCCGAACUCACAUCGGCCCAGUUGAAGGCGACGACAACAUCGUCUACCUGCGCCCUGAGACGGCACAAGCGAUGUUCGUCGAUUUCGACAACGUCGUGAACAGCAGCCGCGUUCGGAUUCCCUUCGGCAUUGCGCAACAAGGUAAAUCGUUCCGCAACGAGAUAACGCCCGGAAACUUCACGUUCCGAACCCGUGAAUUUGAGCAGAUGGAGAUGGAGUACUUCUGUGAACCCGGCACCGAUGAGGAAUGGCAUCGCUACUGGAUAGAUUUUUCAUCGGACUGGUUUACCGGAUUGGGGCUCCGCCGGUCGAAGUUGCGGGUCCGUGAACACCAAGCGGACGAAUUGCCCCACUACUCGAAAGGUAGCGCCGAUAUCGAGUUCCUGUUCCCGUGGGGUUGGGGCGAGUUGGAGACGAUUUCCAAUCGCACCGACUAUGACUUGAAGGCGCAUAUCGAAAAAUCGGGCAAGGAUUUGUCUUACUACGACCAACCAAACAAUAAGCGUUACGUCCCCUAUGUCGUCGAACCCGCUAUGGGAGCGGAUCGGUCGGCGUUAGCAUUCCUCGUCGAUGCUUACGACGAAGAAGAGGUCAACGACGAUAAGCGCGUAGUCCUGCGAUUCCACCCAAGCAUUGCGCCAUACCAAGUUGCCAUCUUGCCGCUGAGCCGCAAUCCAAAGUUAACGCCCAAGGCUCGCGAGGUCCAUGACUUGGUGCGUUCACGCUUCAGCACGCAGUACGACGAGACUCAAAGCAUCGGACGUCGUUACCGCCGUCAGGACGAGAUCGGAACGCCGUUGUGCGUGACCGUCGACUUCGAGACAGUAGAGUCGGACGAUGCAGUUACAAUCCGGCACCGCGACACGAUGGACCAGGUGAGAGUGCCGAUUUCCGGAUUGAGGCAGGCAUUGCAGGAUCAACUAGACGGUAUCGCCGCUGACGUUCUGUCAGAUUGA